CGUUAGAUUUCUUUUGCAGCCCUGGCUGAUUUGCCUCAGUAUGCUCUUAUCUUGGGCAGUAAACUCUCUGGUUUUGAAUGGCAAUCUCUAUGAAACUUAGAUAAGAAGUUUCAAAUAAUUCUAUUUUAAUUUUACAUACUCUCAAAUUUUUAACUAUAUAGUUAAUCUUUGGGCUGGAAACAAUAUUUCUCAGUUUCACUUGUUGUUCCAUUCCUGUUAGCCAUGCUGAAAAAGUUCUCCAUAUCGGAUAAGCUGUCACCUUUGCUCUUUAACUAACUGACAACCAUACCAGUAACCAUGGUUACAGGUUCUCACUUGUUAGAUUGCCAUACAGGUGGCUCAUUCAUGAAAAAUGUCAGGGACUGCAAUGCAGCAGUUCCGGCUCCGCUGGAAUAACCAUCAACCAAACUUUAUUUCAGUCUUUACAACACUCCUCAAUUCAGAAUCACUAGUUGAUGUUACACUAGGAGCUGAAGGUAAACAUGUGCAAGCACAUAAAGUGGUUCUAUCAGCAUGUAGUUCUUACUUUCAGAGUCUCUUUACCCUCAAUCCCUGUCAACAUCCAAUUGUAAUACUGAAAGAUGUAAAAUAUGAUGACUUAAAAGUUAUUGUUGACUUUAUGUAUUAUGGAGAGGUAAAUGUCUCUCAAGAGCAGUUGCCAGCAAUUUUAAAGACAGCAGAAAUGUUGAAAGUUAAAGGCUUAGCAGAAAUGCCUGCACAGAAUAACAUAUCAAUGAGUAAAUCAAGAAGCCUUUCAUCAGAUAAAGGAGAUGAUAUUGCAACUCCCCCUGGAGAUAGUGCUAGUGGCUGGGGUUCUGAUUCUGUCCGACACUCCCCAUCACCCCAACCUAUGUCACCAGCAAUGAGGAGGAAACGACUGAGGAAAACCUCCACUGGGUCUGGAUCAGGAUCAACAGAGAGAACAUCAGAAGAACAAUCUGUUGAUAUUAAUGUGGUAAAAGCAGAACCCAUGUCCUUCCAAUCAGAAGGCGAAAGCAUUAGAAGCAGCAGUUCACUGAGGAAUAGUUUGCAAGAAGCCAGUACAGAAUCAGAACCUCCAGAUGGAUCCACUGAGAGUGUCGAGGACCCUAAUAUUCACUCAUCCCAUGACAGUGUAAGCGGCCCGAAUGUGGACAACCCAGGAUCAUCUGCCAUUUAUAAUCCAACCCCAGGAAAAUUGGGGAGCAAGCGAGGUCGUCUGCUUAUGCGCCAAUCCCGAGUUAAGAAUCUAAGAGACCCUAGGGAUUGUGAGUCUUCAGUGACAAUAGCCCAAGCCUCACCAGAGAGUGAUGAUGGCUCUCCUCAUUUACAUGGUUGUGUAAAAUUGGAGCAGUCAUCACCAGAUCGAAUGGCAACAAAUCUACCUUCCUCCCGGGGCUCAUCACCUGGACCUCUCAGAGAAGUUAGUGUUAAGAGAGAUGGAUCAAAAGAAAAAAUGACGACGGUUACUGUUUCAUCCAGUGGAGGGCAGCAGCUUACUGUUCCUGGGCUCAGAAUUGAACGACAGAGUUCAGAUUCAAAACCAAUAAGUUCAACACCGUCGCCUCAACCCCCCAGUCAAUCCAUGUCUUUGCUGAGUGUACCAACUACAUAUCUUGUGAAACAACAUUCUCACCCCAAUCUUCCAAGUCACAGCAGUGCUCCAUUAGUGAAUGUUGUGCAACGGCAGCAUUCUCAACCAAGUAGACUACCAACACAACAUCUGAUGUCAUCUUUAAGUUUUGAGCGAAUGUCAAUUGAAAGUGACAACCCUCCAAGUUCAGCCACAGCCACAGCUAGUCCAUCGUCCAGUGUGGGAUCCGCUCAACUCUUGCGAUUGGUAGCUGAACCCCCUAUUAGUUUACGGAGAGCAACUUCUUCACCUCAGUCUUCAUCUCCAUUAGAUUUGGGCCAAAGCUUAAUUAUUGAGCCUGCACGUUCUGGCCAUUGCCCUGUGCAGCGAGAAGGCCCAGCAUUGGGUUGUAACUUUUGCUGGAAUACUAUUGAUAAUCAUGGCCGCACAUUAAGGAGGAAAACUAAAUAUCAUUGCCCGGAGUGCAAAACUAAUCUCUGCAUUGUGCCUUGUUUUCAGGAAUAUCAUGAACAGCAAAGUAAAAAGGAGGCUGCCUUAGGUACAUCACCAUCAGGUAAUGUGUCAUCCAGUAUGAUACGACUACUUCCGAAGACAAGUUCCAUUUGAAUUUGGACUAAAAUGAUUCUGUGAAUCACAUUUGCAAUAGUGCUGUGAAACUCUUUAGUCAAAACGUUUUCUUUUUGUGUUAAAUGUUUCUCUAAGUUUUUUUCUCCCUUUUCUGUGUUUUGACUGAUUGUUUCUAAGAUUUCUGAUACAUUGUUCAUUUUUCUUCUUUUCUUCCUUCAAACGAGGUUUAGAGCUUUUUUUUUUAAAUCUAUGUACCUGCUCCCAAACCUGAUAUCUGUUCAGAAAAGGUUGGCCCUGGAUUCAUUUACCUUAAGUCUCUUUUUAAAGUUUUAAUUUGCCAGUUCAGUUCUUUUAUUAUGUUCUACUGAAUAUUGACUAUCAUACACAAAUGAAGGGAGCAUUUUUUGUUGCUGUUGUUGUUUUUAACUGUAGUUUUCAACUUCAUUUUUGUGGCAAUUUGUACUUUUACCAUUACUCUUGCCAAUGGCCAGUGGGACUAAAAGGCUGAAAAUACCCAGCACAUGCACACCAGAAACAACUUCAGGCAAGUAGUGAAAGUGCUACAUUCUUAGUAUGUAUUUUCUGACCUUUUGUAGUCACCUAUCACUUCACUCUGUAAAGCUCGAUUUUGUGUUCAUUAUGCUGUCGUGGAAAAGUGUUGCUAUUUUUGCUUGAAAACAAAAUCAGUAUUAUCGGUACUUACUUACCAAAAUCUUCUGUAGUUGUCUGAAUGACACCUUCAUGAAUAGCACUUAGUCAGUUUCCUGUUUUUGUGUCAAAAAUUUGAUACUUGAAUUUAGGGAAUCUGUCUUCUUUACUUUUUGUUUUGUUAUUUUCAGUUUUUCAGUUGUUUGUUGCAACUCAAUGACUUAUUAAUUCCUGCAUAGCACCAGCGCAAUUGUAGUGUCUUUUAUCUGUCUUUCAUCUGAACAAUUGUUUUCUGGCUUUUGUUACAGUACACAUUGUCAAAUCCUUCUAUUCAUAAUGACCAAUCAAUGGUUUGGCUUUUGCCAUUUGUACUGAGUCAUUACAAUACAAGGAUUCUGACAAUUUUAUCAAUUAAAAUGUACAACCUACCCAAUCUCUUGCAAUAUUUACAAGACUGAGGAAUGUAUGGAUUAUAUACUUCUUUACUUACUGUAACUUAUUCUUAAUUCUUAUUUUGGGUGCAGAAAAAUAGCUUCAAGUAUUAUGGACCUUCAUUUGUUUCAAUAUUGCACAAUAGCCAUAGGUGAGUUCAAUUGAUUUGGGUAUUUAGGCUGGAAAGGGAGAAAUUGUGUUGUCAGUCAUGUAAUGAAAGUUACUUUUGUCAGCACCCUUUGAGCGUAUGUAGAUAAGUAUGUAGACGCAACUUUUUGUUAGGUGUAGAAUGACCUUAGAUUGUGUUUCUGUGCAGUAUUCUCCAUUCAUAAAAUUUUUGGCUCAUCAAUUAUUUGUGUUGUCUUUGAUUAUACAUGUAUGCAUAUGAGUUUGUGAAAAUUUGUAGCUUUCUCAUUCCUUAUAUGUCUGCUACUGUUACCUGCUAAAUUAUGUCUGUGUUAUAAUUUAAUGGAUUCAGUGGAAUAGUCUGUGUUCGCCAUUUUUGUUUUGUUUGUUUUGUUUGAUUAAUUGUUUUGGUGCUGUAGGGAGUGAGAUGUAUGUGUGGUACGUUUUAUUGUUCAGAUUAUUUUAAAUUGCACUAACAGAAAGCUCCUUAUCUGGAGCUCAGUAGAAACUUUUUGUUUAUGUCGGGAUAAAGAUCUUUCUGUGCAUGUUGUUGUAGUUAGCAUCUAGCUUUGUUUUGAAAGGGCCACAUGGGCCAGGAAUCGGUUUAUAGAAGUGCUGUUGCAGAACGUUAAAGGCUCUCUUUCUGGACAUGAAAAAAAAUAACUUAACAUAAUUUAUCUCCUCUCUCCUCCCGGUUCUCGAGUUGUGGGUUCAGAACUGCCAGACCUCACGUAGCGCCUUUGACAGGCCCUUUUUUUCGUUUUUGUAUGCUGUAUGCUGCAACUCCAGAAGAAGAGGUACUUUUCUUUCCUGUUUCAUUCAGGCUCUUUAAUUACCUUUGUAAUUUUAUAGUGAGCACUGUCUUAAGAUUUUAUGCUCAUGAGGAUUCAUUUUAAUUUUUCAGCCCUUUGAGGGAAUCAAGAAAGUAUUUGUUAUAGUUAAUUGAUCUUUGUUGGUUAUUCUUGUUUGUGUAGUACUAAAUUCUAUGAAGUAUAUAUAAAUUUAUAUAAGAAAUUAUUUGUAAUACAAGAAUCAAAUUAUAUUUUGUUAAGAGUAAUAAAUGUUUCAUUGCUUCUGA